AUGAGCCGACCAGGAAGACAGGGAGUGGUCAACCUAGCGGAUUCUACAGCAGCCUUGGCAGCUCAGGUGGAGCUUCUAGCCAAAAAGAUUAACCAACUCCAAAUGCCGGUUAAUGUAACGAACGUUGGGUACGAGUUUUAUGGUGGCCCGCACUAUAGUGCGAACUAUACUGCGGGAGGUAUGUUUGCUUCAACUUCUUCUACUUUUCCAUCCGUUUUUGUUGUGUCUUCUGAUGUUGAGCAGGAUGGGCCAGCUAAGGAAGGACUAGAGCCUAAGGUGGUGGAGAUAGAGAGGAAGAAAGAAGACAGGCAAAAGAGCCCUAUGCGGGAGUAUCAGCCCCCGGUUCCAUAUCGUGCAAGGUUGAGGCAGGAUAAGAUGCUGAAGUACGCCAAGUUCUUAAAGGAGAUUUUAAGUAACAAGAGGAUGUUGGAGGAUCUUGGUCAGGUAGUACUUAAUGAGGAGUGUUCAGCUAUUCUCCAGAACAAGCUGCCACUCAAGCGACGAGAUCUAAGGAGUUUUACUGUCCCUUGUGUGAUUGGCGAUUUGCCAAUUAGUGGUGCAUUGGCCGAUCUAGGAGCUAGUAUUAAUUUGAUGCCCACUAGUUUGUUUGCUAAGUUAGGAUUGCAUGAACCCAAGCCUACUAGGAUGGGCAUUCAGUUAGCUGAUAGGACUGUUAAGAUUCUCAGAGGUAUUGUUGAGGAUGUACUUGUGAAGGUGGAUAAAUUUAUCUUUCCUGUGGACUUUGUGGUGAUGGAUAUGGAAAGUGAGAUCAUUGUGCCUCUUAUCCUGGGUAGGCCUUUCCUAGCUACAUCGAGGGCUGUUAUUGAUGUAAGCGAUGGGAAGCUUAAGCUUAGAGUUGAUGAUGAGACCAUUACCUUUGACCUAGCCACUUCUAUGAGAUAG